UUUCCACUGUCCAUUUUCCCGCGGAUUUUAUCACAAUGGCAAAGUGAUGUUAGUGAUGUGCUUGCAAUGCUGUUUUUGAGUGGUAUAGCAUUAGGUUUUUGCUAAGAGUUGUUCCCUUUUGGAUUAAUAUUUUUUUAAAUUGCCGUUGCUAGUUGAAUAUCGACACACGAUUUGCCUGGACCCUUCCCGUUCAUUGAAAUCUUCGUAUAGGUUAGGACGACAAUGUCGCAUUGACAGAUCUGUGCAUCUCGUAUUACUGUUAUAAUAAUUAUUGAAAAACGUCUUCGAGGAUCGUAUUUAAAAAACUACGAGAUAAAUUAAGCAAAUUUAAUCAAGAAAAUAAAAGCAAUGGACGUUUCUAUAGAAGAUGACGACUGUACAAUAGAAGUAAUCACACAUUCACAGAAGAAAAAACUAAAACAAGCACGGCUGCCAUUUCAAACGUUAAGUGCUUCUAAGUCACCAAACAGUACAAACAAUGUGCCCAAUAAGAAGAGAAAAGUAGUAUCACCUUUAGAAGAAAUCAAGAAUAGUAAACUAACAAAAUAUACAAAGGAAAAUUCUGCUAAAAGCAUCUCAAAGGAUAAAGAAGAAGUGGGAGAAAAGUCUGAUACUGAUGUAGAAUGUAAUGAAUUAAUAUCGGAUGAAGAAAAAAAAGACUUGGAGCAAAGUAGUAAACAAGAUCAUGAGAAGAAGGAGAAAAUUGAUGUUACGCCAAAAAGGAGUUCUGUAACAAAAAGUAAAACACUUGAAAAAUCUCGAAAGAAAUCUGGUGCUUUGACGAAGUUUCUCAUGAAGGCAGAUAGUGAGCCUUCAAGUAAUAUAAUUUGUGAUAGUAGUUCACUUAAAUCAAAGGAUUGUCAAAAUACAACAAACUUGCAGUCUCUGGAAUCUCCAUUGCUGCAUACGUCUCGAGUGAGUGAAGAAACAGAAAAUGUUAUUGUUUUAGAAGAUUCUACUACAUGUGUGAAAUCAGACUCUGAUGUCGCUAUUUUAUCUUCGGAUACUGACACUCAAAGUGACUUAGACAAGUCGAGAACAAGUAUGAAUGAAGAAAAAAUUAAAAAACCUACAACUCCAACUACUUCAAAGGAUGACAAAGAUGCGAUGAUGAAACUUAAGAAAUUAACACCUAGACAAAUAGAAAAGAGAAAGGAAAUAGCUAGGAGAAAGGAGGAAAGAGCAAAAUUAAAAAUGGAGAAAGAGAAGAAACGUUUAGAGGAGAAAGUGAAUAAGCGUAGGGAGAGACAGGAGAAACAGAAAGAAAAGGAAGAAAAGGAGAGACUAGAGAAAGAGCAAAAGAAAAAGGAGAAAGAAUUAAAGGAGCUCAAGAAACAGAUGGAAAUCGAACAAAAACAGAAAGAGAAAGAAGCGAAAGAGGAAGAACGAAGAAAACGAGAGGAGGCUAAAGAGGAAGAAAAGAGAAAAAAAGAAGAGGAAAAAUUGGAGGCUGAGCGUAAGAAGCAGAAGGCAGCGUCGAAUUUUGCCAGUUUUUUUGUUUCUAAAAAACAAGAAGCUAAAUCCAUGGAAGAGGAAAGUAUUGUCGAAGUGAAAAAUUUUAUGCCCUUUGAGGUGAAAGUUGACAUGCGAAUCGCGCCGGUGUGUCGAAGAACGUUGAGUGAACACGAAAGAUCAUUAUUCGAUGAAAAAUGCAACACAAAAGAUGCAAAGUCCGAGCUGUAUCUCGAGAAUGUUAGAAAAGGUAGAAUCGUACCACGAGUUUCUUCUAAAACAUGGCCGCUGGAAGCGAAGGAUAACGACAUCAUUUUAUUAGACGAGGAUGAUGAUGGCAACUCUAACAUAAUCAGGGAGACGCGUUAUUUGGAGAAACACCGACCGAAGUUACUGCAGUUCGGGGACAACCGUCGUCCUCCAUACUGGGGCACGUGGAGAAAACGCAGCAGCGUCAUAAGUCCUAGGCGGCCGUUUGUGAAAGAUCAGAAAUGGUUCGACUACGAAAUCGAUUCCGACGACGAGUGGGAAGAGGAAGAGCCAGGCGAGUCCCUCAAAGGAUCCGACGACGAAAAGGACGAGGAGAACCCGGAAGAUAACGAAUACGACGUCGACAACGAGUUUAUGGUGCCGCAUGGAUACUUGUCCGACGAGGAAGCGCGGGCCGACGAAGAGGAAAUGGAAGAUAUUAUAUCGCCGCAAACACAGAAGAUGAAGCUGAAACUACUAGGCGAGCAAUUCGAAGCCGAAAGAAAGACGAAGACGCACAAACUGCAGCCGAAGAUAAUCGGGUGCGUUUGGCAAGGGCCCAGCAACGUACUCUCGGAUGACGCACCUACGAAGCUCCGGGAGUUCGUGUCGAUACGGCAAAUCUGGGUCAGUCACAUAUCGAUAAUAUUUCCGUCAUCGGUGUCAACGGAGAACAACGCCGCGGCCGGUGAGUGCAAAACGCCAUCGCAACAGUCAUCCGGCCGAAGCGGGAAGAAGAGCAAGUUGCCCGACGAGGCUCCUCCUAAUCUGGUCAGCGGGGAGCUAAUGCGAAACUGGUUAGGCUUCCGAUCGGAAACGCAAGUUUCCGACUAACGAAUGUCCGCGUGUGACUCAUUUUUUGUGCCUUAGGACUGUUGCGAAUCUUUCGAGAUUGAUCGCACGCUCGCUCCUGACGUGUUGGAAGGGUGCUUAGCGAUUGGAAACUGUCAUCAAUCAGUUUUGUAAAUUGGAACUGUUGUUCUUUUUUUCUUUUUUUCUUUUCUCUUUUGUAAAAAUUAUGGAGAAAGCGCAGAAAAUGCAGAAAAGAUGCGGAAUAUGAUUCAGGACCUCCUUUCUAGUGCUUUCGCAGUCAAUUACAUUAUGUGAAAAAAACAUUAUAAUUAAUCCUGUCCGGCAAGGAAACUUUCGAAGAUUCUGCUAUGUGCGAAUUAUAAAGACGCAUCGCAACCCGCAAAGUGUAGGCAAGAAGCGGAAUAAUGUGUUCGAUUAACCCCACGAGACAGAAUUCGUUCCAGAAUAAUAUUCUCACUUUCAUGCGCUGCAUCUCAACGAACAUUGCAAAUGCUGUGCUGCCAACGGACACGUUUAUAUUUAAUAUCUAUCAAUAUUACUUUUUUAUAAGAUCCUUGUUGCGAUAAAUGUUUACGAAAUAUAUUUUAUAUCGA